AUGGAUUAUAGCAUUGGUCCAAACAAUCCUUUUCAUGAUGUCGUGCCCACCUCCACGGAAGAUUUUUCGAUUCCCAUUCUGGGUUGGUGUAGUUCAAAUCGCAAUUUUUUUGACAGCUGCGUUUGCGCAGUUUCCAGCAAUAUCGACAGUCGAAUGAAGUUGAUCGCGACACGACUAUUACAGCUCUGCGAUGGAUUUGAUGAGGAAUUUUCUGAGCCAUGUCGUCGCCACUUCCUUGGGAUGUUACGCCUAUGGCGCAAAUCGAGUUGA